AUGGCUCGUAAUACUUCCAAAACGCACGACAAGCCGAACUUGUAUACCAUCGGUGUGCUUGCUUAUAUCGGAUUGUGCUCAUUCAAUUUUGGAUAUCCUGCGGCUGUGAUAGGAACGCUGCUUGGCCAACCAUCAUUCUUGGAAUACUUUGAGCUGGAAACGCGAUCCAAUGGCACAGACCUUAUAUCCACCAUGAAUGGCAUCUUCCAGACAGGAGGGCUCAUUGGGACCCUGAUUCUGCCUUGGAUAGCAGACAAGUGGGGACGGCGUUGGGCCCUUGCAGUGCCUGCAAUUCUGGUCCUUGUCUCGGGCGCCAUCAUGGCGGGCAGCAACAAUGUAGCCCUCUUUAUAGUCUUUCGAUUUUUCAGCGGUGCAGGAUCGUGGAUGUCGGUCGCAGCAGCUCCGCUUAUGAUGAGUGAACUGGUCGCUGUCAAUUUGCGUGGUAGCCUCGUCGAGAUCCAUGGCAUCUGCUUCCAGAUCGGCUACAUGUCAUCCGGCUGGAUCGGCUUCGGGACCUUUUUCUGGGAGAACAACGGCAACAAUUGGCGUCUUCCCGUCGCGGUUCAAUGCAUAGCACCGAUAAUCUUGCUUUGCGGCCUGCCCUUCUGCCCAGAAAGCCCAAGAUGGCUGGUCAUGCAGAAUCGUGACGAUGAGGCCAAAGCUGUGUUGGAGAAGGUGCAUUCUCGUUCCGGCACAGGACAUGACCGAGCCCACACAGAACUGUACCAGAUCCAGAAACAAGUGGCCAUCGAUCGAGAACUGAACUGCACUUGGGUCCAACUCUUUCGCAAACCCUCGUACAGAAAGCGAGCGUGGUACGCAAUUGGUACCACGGGGAUUGUUCAGUUUGCAGGAGUGUUGGUCAUCAACAAUUAUGGCCCAGUCAUCUACAAGCUCCUGGGAUAUGGACCGGAAAAACAGCUGCUCUUCCCCGUAAUUUGGUUGACGGUGGGGUUCUGCCUUUUCCUCAUCGCGCCGGGAUUGAUCGAUCUACUACCGAGAAACAUUCUCAUCGGCGGUGGCAUCAUUGGCUGCUCGGUCAUGUUGAUCUUCAUCUCCGCCCUCAUUGCCAAUUUCGUACCGUCCACCAACACUGCCGCGCUGAAGGCGACGGUCGCAUUCUUUUAUCUGUACCAACCCUUCUACGUCGUGGGCCUCGAUGGCACCCAGUUCACCUACCUGGGCGAGAUCUUCCCCACCCAUCUACGAGCCAAAGGGGUCUCUCUGGGCUCAGCAAUGAUUGCACUGAUGAACAUUGUCUGGCUUCAAUCGGCCCCGACAGGACUGGCGAACAUUGGAUGGAAGUACUUCCUUGUUUUCAUCAUCGGUGGAAUCCUCGGAGGCAUCCUCAUCCUCAUAUACUGGCCCGACACGAGGAACAUCCCAUUAGAAGAAAUUGCCGCUAUCUUUGGUGACGAAGAUGAAGUGGCCGUCUAUCAGUACGAACUCGAUGUCGAUCCGACGACGCACACAAUCAGAGACCACCAUACCCAGAGUAAGGCUCAGGCCCAAGAAAUCGAAGAGCAAGCGACAUCGCGUCAGGUAGAGGAGGUUACUGAAACUCAUUGA